AUUUCUCGCUCUUUCCGCCCCGCCUUAAAACCCCUAACCCUAACCCUUUCUUGUUUUCAUCGAUUUAUUUUGCCUUUUCACAAAGCUUCAAUCUUUCACUUCUACUUUUACGUAUCCAAGAUGUCUUGCUACAGAGGCAAAUACGCUGACGAGCUUAUUGCCAAUGCUGCCUACAUUGGAACACCCGGAAAGGGUAUUCUUGCUGCUGAUGAAUCAACUGGCACAAUUGGAAAGCGUUUUGCCAGUAUCAAUGUCGAGAAUGUUGAAACAAACAGACGUGCUCUUCGUGAACUCCUUUUCACUGCUCCUAAUGCUCUCCAAUACCUCAGCGGAGUCAUUCUCUUUGAAGAAACUCUCUACCAGAAGACCUCUGCAGGCAAGCCUUUCGUUGAUGUUUUGAAGGAAGGUGGUGUACUCCCAGGUAUUAAGGUUGACAAGGGCACUGUUGAACUUGCUGGAACCAACGGUGAAACCACAACCCAGGGUCUUGACGGCCUUGCCCAACGCUGCCAGAAGUAUUAUGAAGCUGGUGCUCGUUUUGCUAAAUGGCGUGCUGUGCUCAAGAUUGGUGCUAACGAACCUUCACAGUUGGCUAUCAAUGAAAAUGCCAACGGAUUGGCCAGAUAUGCUAUCAUAUGCCAGGAGAACGGUCUUGUACCCAUUGUAGAGCCUGAGAUCUUGGUUGAUGGUUCUCAUGACAUCAACAAGUGCGCUGAUGUAACUGAACGUGUCCUUGCUGCAUGCUACAAGGCUUUAAAUGACCACCAUGUUCUCCUUGAAGGAACCUUGUUGAAGCCCAACAUGGUUACCCCUGGAUCUCAAUCUGCAAAGGUUGCACCUGAAGUUGUUGCAGAGUACACCGUGCGUGCCCUACAGCGUACAGUUCCUGCUGCAGUCCCUGCUGUGGUUUUCUUGUCUGGUGGACAGAGCGAAGAGGAGGCCACCGUCAACCUUAAUGCCAUGAACAAACUCAAGGGUAAGAAGCCAUGGUCUCUUUCCUUCUCCUUUGGACGAGCCCUGCAGCAGAGUACUCUGAAGGCAUGGUCCGGAAAGGAAGAGAACAUCCCCAAAGCUCAGGCUGCUUUACUAGUAAGGUGCAAGGCCAACUCUGAAGCUACUCUUGGAACUUACAAGGGUGAUGCUAAGAUCAGCGAGGGUGCCUCGGAGAGCCUCCACGUUGACAACUACAGCUAUUGAUUAGUUUUGGGAGUGCUCUUGUUUUUAGACCCAAAAAGAUAUAAGCUGCGGCAUUUUGUAUUUGGAUUCUCAGGCUUCAUAUAUGGCUCUCUUUCUAAUCCCACCGCUAAUAUCAGGUUGCGCCAGACGUUGUUAUAAUAAGCUUGAGGAGAGUGUUUGCAUGUGAGGUUUUUGCAAGUCUAUUUUGUUAACAUUUCAGUUGAAGAACCGAAUAUUUCGUGUUUUGUGUUGUAAUUUUGAUGUUUGUCAUCGGUUAAUAACAACAUUCGUGAUUGGAGUUGUUAGAGAA